AUGUUGAUGUUCUUUCUUGCAUUCCCUCUACCUUCUUGCGGUUAUUGUUUUGACUCUGCUCUGCAGCCAGGGGGCCAGCCGGAGGUGACCCGAGCACCCCAGGGAGAGCAGCAGGCAAGGGGGCCGCCGGGGGCGACCGGAGCACCGCAGCGAGAGCAGCAGGCAGGGGGGCAGCCGGGGUUGACCGGAUCACCCCAGGGAGAGCAGCAGCCAGGGAGGCAGCCGGGGGCGACGGGGGCACCCCAGGGAGUGCAGCAGUCAGGGGGGCAGCCGAGGGUGACCCAAGCACCCGAGGGAGAGCAGCAGGCAUGGGGGCAGCCAGCGGCGACCAAAGCAUCCCUGAGAGAGCAGCCGCAAGUGGGGCAGCCGGGGCACAGUGGCGGAGCACCCCAGGGAGAGCAGCAGCCAAGGGGGCAGCCGGGGGUGACCGGUGCACCCCAGGGAACGCAGCGGCCAGGUGGGCAGCCAGGUGCGACUGGUGGAUCCCAGGGAGAGCAGCGGCCAGGGGGGGAGCUGAUGGACGACCUGGAGCAGCAGUUGGUGGAGUGGAGCCGACGUUUAGAGUUAGAUACUCCCAUGGCGACUGCGGAGGAACCAGAGGAAGACGGGGAGCCUUCCAUACCGCCUUCCCCAUGCCCUCGUUUUCCAUGUGACACGUGUUUUCACACGUUCGCUAUGCGAGGGGCCGCUGCGAACCACAUGAGGGUAUGCAGGGCGGCUGAGGCGGAGAGGCGCGCGCAGGCACUUGGCUCGAUCCCGUCCCUGGUGGAGACCGACACGCAGGAGAGACCGACGCCGCGGGACUUUGGGGACGAGGCGUGGGCCGGGGUUACGUCAUGGGAGUGGGAAGCAUUUUUCAGUGUGGAGGCGGUUGGAGGGAGGACAGUGCGCCGGAUCCCACAGCGGGCCCGUGAGAUACAAGUCGCACGGCAGGACAGUGCUUCCUUGUAUCUCCGUGCGGGCCCUUUCGUACAGAGUCUUGAGUCGGCACGAGGUUCGCGGCAGGGGGGCCCGCUCAGCCCUUUUCUUUUUGCGUUCACGCAGCAGCAAGUGAUGGCGUCGGUGAUUAGAGAGUUCAGGGAUAUACUUUUCCUGAGUUAUGCGGACAAUACCUACAUCCUAGGACCAGCGGCUAGGAUCUUAGAGGCUUUUGGGGUGCUGCGGGAGCGGUUGGAGUGGGUGGGGCUGGAGGUGCAGGCGCAGAAGUGCCGGUUUUGGGAGCGCGAAGGCGGGGAUGUGGAGCGGGCACUGCCAUUAGGGAUGCAGCGGGUGGAGGAGGGUCUCACUGUGGUGGGCGUACCUAUUGGGGAGGAGGAUUGGGAGGCACGGCAGCGGCAGUUGGCUGUAGAGGAGCUCCAAGCACUGCGCCGCUCGGCUCGUGACGAUGCCACCUUGGCCCGUUUCACAUCCCUACAGGGCCCGGGGGCUGGUGCAUGGGUUUUGGCGGUCCCGGCUCACUCAGAUCUCACAUUCACUAUGGCGGAGUGGGGCAUUGCUGCUGGUAUACGGCUCGGUCUCCCCAUUCAGCAGCUGCAGGUCGCGGGGAGGUGUGCUUGUGGCACAGCGUAUGUUGACCCAGCAGACCCGCAUCAUGCCUUGAGAUGCAAGCACCAGCACGGUCCAUCUCGGGUGCAUGAUGAGGUGAAAUUUGCGGUGGCGAGGAUCUCUAAGGCGUCAGGGGGGGUGGUGACGAUGGAGGAUGGUGUGGUGCUGCCGGGGAAGCGGGUUGACGUGGCGGUGCGACGACCAAUGGCCGGGGAGGCUCACGCUAUAGAGAUCAGCGUCGUGGACCCGCUAUCGCUGUCCCCAUCUCUGCUAGGGCAGUGCGGUCGUUCUAUUGGUGUGGCGGCAAGGGAGUGGGAGCGUCCCAAAAUGACUGAUUACGCGCCUCUGCUUGCGCGCAACCAGGGCGUGAAGUUCACUCCGUUGAUAGUAGAGACGUGGGGAUGUCUUGGCGGGCGUUUCCGGCCGUGGCUUCGACGACAGGGGGAUGCACACGUGGGGCUAGCCGUGUUACGGGGGGCUUGUCGGGAGGAUGACUUUUCGUUUUCGGCUUAUCUUUUGGGGUCUCUGAAGGCGCUCAUUGGGGUAGCAUUACAACGGGCGCAAGCUCAUGGCAUCCUGCUUCGAGCGGCGUCUUCUAUGGGGGGGAUGAAUGUGGACUUGGUGGACCGGGAGAAGGACGACGUCGAGGAGGAGGGUGGGGCUCUUUGGGUGGAGGCCCCGUAUAUGGUGGAUGCGCAAAUGUGA